AUGGAAAAGAGUCUUCUUCCCGCGUCCUGGCAGCGCCUCUCAGACAACCCUUUUGGGGGUAACAAGUUCAUCGACAUGAAGCCCGGAUUUCUGAUCGGUAGCGACCCUCACAACCUAAGCUGGCUCGGCAACGGAGUGGACGAGCCUUUCAAGCAUGCAAUUCCACAGUCAAGCUCGAGCACCCCUUGGUCGAAAAGUGAAGAGCCAGGCUCCUGGCUUCCUUCUAUUCUGACCGGUCUCUGGCCCACAUUCAAGUCAUCUGGAGCAGCCGGGGCUUCGGCCCAAGCCUCGUCAAGUGACUCGUCUAGCAGAACCAGUUCUCGUGCGGCCGAGCUUUCCACCGAACUUUGCACGGAGUGGCCAGUUCCAUAUGGUAACUUCAAGAUUGAUCAACGCGCCUCUCUGGAUCUUGAGGGGCCCCACUACCUAGGCCCGACUCUAGCAUUCACAUCGACGCACAAUCUCUUCAAUCUCACCGCUAAUAAGAAAGGGCUCGAAACGACGGGGCAUUUCCCAAAGAUGCCAAAGGAAUACUCAUAUUCCCUUGGCGUCGACGUGAGGGAGACCCACGCCGAACACAAUCACUCUCCAGGCGAAACCAGGUCGGAUUGCCCUCUUUGCCUUCUCGCACGCAACAAUAGGGUUAUGGAUCAAUACGGCCUAGAUGUGGCAGUGGGUCUUCAAAAACGAGGCGACCGUGGCAGGGUGGAAGCAAAGUUGAUCUUUGACCUUGACGGCAAAGAACAGACAAGAGUGAGAUUGGCGGGGGAGCGCGAAUUUAACUCGAAUCUCCAAUUCGGUGCAGAUGCUGAGUUCGACGGGAAAGGGCAACAUUUGUUGGGGGCAAACGCGUCUUACAAUGUCGGCAGGCCUGGCCGAGUAGGAGCCAGGAUCCAGGUCACAAACGCGAAGACCUCUUCCGCAUCAAAAUUUGCUGUGUGGUGGACAAAGACACUGUGGCGGAGCUAG